AUGGAAAAUUUACAAUCAAAGCGAAUAUAUUUUGAUGCCGAAGAUCGACCACCGCCAUCAUAUUGGCAUGGUGAAACACAAAUUCACCCAUCAGAUGAUGAUAAUUUUAAAAUAUCACAUGAAAAUGAAAAUUUCUUUCCAUUAUCUUCAUCAAAAGAAAUUAAAACUAAAAUAGAUCCUAAAGAAUGGUUAAAAGCACCAGAAUUUGUUCCCCGAUCAAAGCAAAUUUUGGAUCAAUCGUUUCAUCCUGAUGAAAUGAUAUUUGCAAAUAAUUUACCAAUUAAUAAUUCGAUCAAUGGGAUUAUUUUGCGUAAUCAUAUUUUACGACAACAACCUCAAGCUCAUGUUUUAGCUGCAACUGCAGCUAGAAUGCCAUUUUCACCCGUUCGUACUAUUCUUGAUCUACCACAACCGAUAAUAUCUGCACAAAAUAUGGUACCAUUUGCAAUAGAUCAAUCCACACCACCAUAUUGCAUGCCAACCGUGACUGCUACACCGCCACAACAACCACAACCAUUACCAACAUCGUUACCAUCUGGUGCAGCAAUGAUACGUUUUCCGAUACCGUCAUUUAAUCAAACUGCUUUAGCUUUACGUGAUGCGCUUAGCAUGGUGUCACCUGGCUAUUCAGCUAAUAUUACUCACAUAAAUUCUGAAAUCGGUCUUCCAAUUCCGGCCGUUAUUCUAAAGAAGAAGCGCAGAAAAAGGCAUCGUCGUUUAAAAGCUAAUUUGUCUAGUGCUACUGAACGAGUAAACGGUGAUAGUUUCUGCAAUGGUUUAGAGGCAUUCGGCGAUGAAUCAACCCAAACACAACUUCAAGCGAUAUCUUCUGAACCAAAUUUAAACAAAAAUUCAUUAUCAGAGCAACCAUCAACCGAAGAUGCAUCAAAUAGCGAAACGCAUCCACUUGGUGGCUCAUGUCCAGAUUUAUCAAAUUCACAACUUUUGCUAUGGGAUAAUUAUCUUUUUGAUACUAUCAUGAAUGAAACAAACGAUAUAAUCAACGAAGAAAAUGCAAAUGCAUUAACAGUUGAUCCAAUGCAACAAUCUGAAUAUGAGAUAGCAUCACGUCCAGUUCUUGCAGCAAUGGAUUCUGCAUUGCAUGCAGAUGGUAUUUAUUCUAAAAGUGUUCGGCAAUUAGAUCGCUUCUUACAAGGUGAUGGUAGUAAUAUCGAUGAUUCAUUAUCUGAAGAUGGUCUUGUUGAGCGUUUACGUGAUAGAUUUGAGAAUCAAUUUCUCGAUUCACCUGCAUCAACAACUAGAAGUUUAAAGGCUGAAUUUGAGGAGCUUUCAUUUCGACCAACAAUUUCGAAAUAUGGUUAUCCACAAGCAGAUUUUUCUUCUCUUCAAAUAGCAACAUUCAAUCCACAGUAUAAUACAACAACAUCAACAAUUUUAAAAUCUAAAGAAAUUGAUCGUCAUAUUGAAGAUUACUUUGAAGGAGGACAUAUACGUUUAAAUGCAUUUAUUGGUAGUGAUGAUUUAGCUUUGUCCGAUUCUGAGCUACCACAACUAUCACGUUUCCAGCAAUUGCAGUGGACAAUACAACAAAAUACGAAAUAUUAUACUAAUUUGGCAACACCAAAAAAUAUGUGCUGCAGUAUCAUGUAA